GUAGCCUGAGGUCGUCUCUUCCCACCUCCUGGGCCUCUCACUUCGCUGGAUCUUGAAACGUCUGGGGCAGUGCAGUGUAAUUCCAGAGGCUGGACCCAGGGCUGCUGCCUCCAUUAGGACUCUGCUCCUUCGGUCCCCACAGCUAAGUCCUGAGCACAAUGGCCGUUGGAGUGGUGACAGAGAUGUGGCUGGUGCCCAUGGGGCAGAAGAUGCUGCUCUGGGGCGUCCUGAGCGCUGUCUCCCUGGCCGGAGCUGCCCUGGUGUUGAACCUCCUGCAGAUGCUGGCGAGCUACGCGCAGAAGUGGCUGCAGCUGUGGACCGUCCCGACAGUGCGUGGCGCCCUUCCCUUUGUAGGACACGCGCUGUGGUUGAAACCCGAUGCAAGAGAAUUUUUUCAGCAGUUAAUUGAGUAUGCUGAAGAAUUCCGACACCUGCCACUGGUCAAACUCUGGCUUGGGCCAAUGCCAAUGGUGGCCCUUUAUAAUGCAGAAAGUGUGGAGGUAAUUGUGACUAGUUCAAGGCAAAUUGACAAGUCCUAUCUGUACAAUUUUUUAGAACCCUGGCUUGGCCUAGGACUUCUUACAAGUACUGGAAACAAAUGGCAUGCUCGCAGAAAAAUGUUAACACCCACUUUCCAUUUUACAAUUCUGGAGAACUUCUUAGAUGUUAUGAACAAACAAGCAAAUAUACUGGUUAAUAAGCUUGACAGACAUGUUAACCAAGAAGCAUUUAACUGUUUUUCUUACAUCACACUGUGUGCCCUAGAUAUCAUCUGUGAAACUGCUAUGGGGAAGAAUAUUAAUGCUCAAAGUCAUGAAGAUUCUGAGUAUGUACGUGCUGUUUAUAGAAUGAGUGACAUCUUACUUCGAAGAAUCAAGAUGCCCUGGCUCUGGCCUGAUCGAAUAUUCCUUAUGUUUAAAGACGGAAAGGAACACAAGAGGAGCCUAAUGAUUCUACAUAAUUUUACCAAAAAUGUCAUAGCUGAACGGGCCAAUGAAAUGAAGAGGGAGGAAGAAAAUCCAACUGACCACCAGGGCACCGCCUCCUCCAAAAAUAAACGCAGGGCUUUUCUUGACUUGCUUUUAAAUGUAACUGAUGAUCAAGGGAACAAGCUAAGUCAUGAUGAUAUUCGAGAAGAAGUUGAUACCUUCAUGUUUGAGGGCCAUGAUACAACUGCAGCUGCAAUGAACUGGGCUUUAUACCUCCUGGGUUCUUACCCAGAAGUCCAGAGAGAAGUGCACAAGGAGCUGGAGGAAGUGUUUGGAAGGUCUGAUCGUCCUGCUACCUUAGAGGACCUGAAGAAACUUAAAUAUCUGGAAUGUGUUGUUAAGGAGACCCUUCGCCUUUUUCCUUCAGUGCCUUUAUUUUCCAGACACCUUAAUGACGACUGCGAAAUUGCGGGUCACAGAAUCGUGAAAGGCUCUGAAGUAAUCAUCUUUACCUAUGCACUGCACAGAGACCCCAGGUUCUUCCCAGACCCCGAGGAAUUCAAGCCAGAAAGAUUCUUUCCAGAAAAUUCACAAGGACGCCAUCCAUAUGCGUAUGUGCCCUUCUCUGCCGGACCAAGAAACUGUAUAGGUCAAAAGUUUGCCAUGAUGGAAGAAAAGACCAUUCUUUCCUGCAUCCUGAGACAUUUUUGGGUAGAAUGCAACCAGAAAAGAGAAGAACUUGGCCUGGCAGGAGAUCUGAUUCUUCGUCCAACUAAUGGCAUCUGGAUCAAGUUGAAGAGGAGACACACCAAUGAAUCCUAACUUAUUAUUUAACUAUGCCUUUAUCAUGCAAAAUUUCUUCCAUUAAGAUAAAUUUGCAUUUAUAAUUUCUAGAUCAUGAGCUCAACACUCAAGACUUUUUUUUCUUGUUAAGUCAAUGAGUGGGUUUUUAUGUUUUCAUCGAUAUUACUCCCAUUCUUGAUUCCAAAAAUUAGACCCAAAUAAACACAUUACAAGUUUCUCAAUGGAGGCAUUCACAGGCACUCCCAAUUUCCAUUGCCUGACCAAAGAUAUAAUUUAAUUGAAGUCUUAAAUUUUUAAAGAAAUAGGUUUACUAGAAGUUAGGGAAUGAGAUCCAUGAGAAAGUAUAUUUCUACCAAAGUCACAAUAUAAAUGGGUGAUUGAUCUGGAAAUACAGGCCUAUCUUAAAUCUCUUUUGUCUGAUAUGACACACUUUCAACUACAGUAUGCUAUUGCCUUAUUGCUCUUUCAUCUAUAACUAGAUGUUUCAUUAAAACACAUCUGCUACCUCUGAUUUUGGCAUAUUUCUUCUACAAUUACCUCAUCUUAAAAGGAAAAGAGAAGACUUUCAUCUAAUAUUAAUAACACAGUAAUAUCUCAUUUAGCUUAGUACUUCUGGUAAAUUCAAUCAGCCAGAAGGUACUUACCAAGAUGACAGCUGACAUACUCCCUGCAUUUAAUUCCCAACACUUUAUCUCAAUAAUCUCACUUAGCGGUUUUUAAAAAAGCUUCUUCAAUACAUAAUUUUAACAAGAUGGUUUCUCCAGUGUUCCCAAGAUAGCAACAGAUAAAAGAAGCAAAUUAAAAAGAUGGAAUGUAUAUUCAAGUGAAAAAUCAAGGAAAGAGGUACAGGAACAAAGCCAUUUUACAAAUAUUGCAGGAGGUAGUUUAGGGAGGCUCAGCAAGUGCAUUCACUUACUCUCCCAAAGGGCCCCCAAAUAGACAAUCCAGUCCCUAAGAUGAUGAGAAUCAGUCAAGCAAAUAGAUGACACCACUGUAAAAGAUUCCCCUCUCUAUUUGCCUCUGUUUUAAAAAGUGAAUAUUUGUAGGGCCUCCCCGGUGGCGCAGCGGU